GUGGACGUCGGUGUCGGCGUCGGCACCCUCCUCAGCAGCUACUGUCCCGAGGACGGCAUCGCCCCUACCUCCAAGCCUCCCGUUGUCAUUGACAAGGCCUGCAUCGCGUGGGGCAAGACCGUCGAUGCAGCAUUCAACCCCGUCGGGUACGUCGCGCUGUUCCUCAUUGCACUCACCUCGCAUAUCCUGAUGUCUCAUUCAUCAGACUCGCGUUCCUGGGCAUCAAGGACGGUUCGUUCAACAUGGGUUGGGAUGGCGUUUUAAUUGGGAAAUGGCGAGGCGGUCACCUCGCCAUCUUGGACGACGACAUGUCGCCCGACGUCUCCUUCGUCAACGGCACGACCAACAGCGACAUUGAUAUUCUUGAUACCGGGGGUACGCCUGACCCCGGAGCGCCAACCUCAACGGCGCGGACUUCGGACGUAAACACCGGCACCAAGGAUAUCAAGCCCGCACCCUGCAUCAUCUGUUCUUCUCUCCGCGAUGCACCCACCGCCACCGUCGACCGCCAGGCGACCAUGGUCGCAGCCGACCUGGAGGCCGAGUACAAGACGGUGCCUCUCGUGGACCCCGAGUCGGUCGAGGUGGACUCGCCCCCGACCGAAGCGGAGAAGCUGAUCGCGCUCUUCUACGCGUUCACCAUCCCUUUCUGGACUGUCUUUAUCUGGCUCAAGAUCGACACGAAGCGGCGCGCUCUCAUCGACGACUUCGCCGCCUCGGUCGCUCGCCGCUGCGCAGACUGGGUCGCUGUUUGCAUCACCGCGAUCCUCCGACCCAUUCGCAACGCCCUCGUCUACUUCGCCCCGUUCGCGAAGAUCAUGAAUGGCCUGACCAUCCCGUGGGACUCGAACGGGAAGGUCUUCAUUACGACGAAACACGGCAAGUGGAUGUCUCUGGCUGUCCUCUCGUCAUCCGAGUACGUUCUGGUAGAGGGCUCGCCCGACGACGAGGAGCCUGAACCUGAGCCUGCCGAGGCCGAGGAAGCAGGGCCUGCACGGCGCAUCUCCACCUCUGGCGCCCGUGACAGCCGCCGGGGCCAGAAGAAGGCCAAGAAGGAUGCGAAGGCAAAGGCAAAGGCCAAAGCAAAGGGCUGGGCGUGAGGUUCAGCUCAGCCCCGCCCCGCUCGUCCCCUGUAGCGUUACGGUUUCCAUCCUCUCGGUUUCUCAUCUACUUACUUCUCUUUCUUGUACUAUACUGGG